UUAUUCAACCUUGCUACUACUGGAGUAAAAAAUCAUGCUUGGAAUUUACCUGUAACAACUGAACCGAACCCUUACACCUCUGUAGCUGCUGAAGUAUAACCCUGAAUCAGAUGGAUGAGUUUGACUCUUCUUCUUCCUCCUCCACCAAAUCCGAGAAGAAAGCUCUCAACGAAUGUGAAAGCAUGAUUCAGAAGGGUCUCAAAACUCCAACAGCGAGAUUCUUAAGAGAACAUUUGGAGAAAGCUGGGUGUCCUGUUCAAGAUAAUUUCUUCAAAGCUAUUAAUUGUGAUCAAAAUCAUGCUGGUGGUUAUGUUCCGGGUGAAGGGAUAGUUGUGUGCGCAAAUCAGAUAGAAAUGCAAGAUGAGGUUAACCGGGUGAUAGUUCAUGAGCUAAUUCAUGUAUUUGAUGACUGUCGAGCUGCAAACUUGGAUUGGACUGAUUGUGCUCACCAUGCUUGUAGUGAGAUAAGAGCUGGUCAUCUAAGUGGUGAUUGUCAUUACAAACGGGAACUUCUACGAGGACAUUUGAAAAUACGAGGGCAAGAACAAGAAUGCAUCAAAAGGAGAGUUUUAACAUCAUUGGCUGCAAAUCCGUUUUGUUCUGGUUCAACUGCGAAGAAUGCUAUGGAAGCUGUAUGGGAAACUUGUUAUAAUGAUACAGCGCCUUUUGAUAGAGCUUAAAAACUGUGUGGUAUGUUACUGGCUUAUUGUAUAGAAAUCAUUGUUUCCAUUCUUUGGCUUGAUACCAUUUAAGGUGAUCAUAAAUGUAAUUCAAAUCGUAGAAAACAAGGAUUUAUUUAUUUUUAGCUGAGAUUUUUUUUAUCUUUUACAAGUUGUAACUUCAUAUGGAAGCUUAUUUUCUUGUAAUUAUUUUUUGGCUUUCCAUAAAUGGAUGUUAAAUGAACACUUGUGUUGUUCACUGAA